AUGCCUCGGUGUAAUCAUAAUUUCUGGCUGGCCUUGGACGCGCAGCACGACCAGGCUGAAUUGCUGGUGUCGGAUAAGUUGCAAAAUACUUUUGAGACCAUUCCCAGCCCGGAUGUCCAGAAGCCGUCCUUGGUUGUCGCGAUUGGAGACGCAGCUAGAAAGGCUGCGUUGGAAAUAUUUGGGAUUAAAAGGAAUCGAGAGUCUAUCGCCAGCCAAAAUACAUCCGAAAUCCACCUUCACAUUGACCCCUCCAGCGUGUUUGGCACACCGCUGCUCAUAGCAGAAACCAGGGUUUGUAAAAAGGAAAGUCGUACAAAUGCCGAUGAUAAAUGUCACGAAAUUACAAGACAGCCAAUAAAGAGACCAAGAUCCCUUCAUGACAUGCAAAGGUCCGUAAGCAGGCUCCAUACCAACCUUCUCGCUGCGUUUACCGACGUGUUUUGUCUUUUCUGCGAAGACUUUGGAGGUCUUGACCAGACCGCCAUCGAGUUGGCUUCUUGGCUCGACCGAAGCCUUCCGUCCAGCUUUUCGGGGCGGGUGCGCCCGCGAUUGAUUGUAGUGGUCGAUCAAAACCCAGGGACAGGGGCAAAUGAAAACAAGAUACGAGAAAGGCUGUUUGAACUGAUAAGAAAAUAUACCGUCAAAGAUCCCCACGCCGUGUUUUCAGCAGUGGAGACGGUUGCGCUAUUCCCAGACGAGAACAUUUCUAGAUCGGCGCGGCACAGGCCGUUAAAAGAGCGCAUGUUGGACAGUUUGGAUUCGGCGCGAAAUGACAGGUUACAAUCAAGGCACGAUUUUUCCGCAACCCAUUUUGCUGCUCUGUUCAAAGGCGCCUGCGCGCAGUUUGCGGGUAACCUGGAUGGCUCCUUCAACUUUGUCAAAAUUGCCAGGAAUUCGAACCCUAUAGCCCAAAGUUUACAGGCACAUUUGUCCGACUUUCUCAGUCUCGUGAAAUCCCCGAGCGAAAUAGCUACCUUUGCUACGCCCAUGAUCGCGUCAAGCUUCCUGUUGGAUAAUUAUCCACCCGGAACCCAUUAUUUUCACGCCGAGGACGUAAUUCGGCAUCUUUACAAAGGCGUCGUUACCCGAGCUUUUAAAAAGAGCGUUUCGAAUUUAGAAAAUCGUGAAGCAGUAUCUGCAAAUACUUUUGUAAGCUCCAUAGAAGCCCAUUUGAGAAAAUACGUCGAAUCGUCGUCCGUCGGUGCAGUUCCCACCGCCGAUAUCCAUUCCGAAAACCUCGCACGUUUUGCAAACAAAUGGGCCGUCAUCAAAAGCUCGGACACCUGCCUGGUCUGUUUGCGGCGGCGGCCUUUGUACGAUUUGUGCCCUGGACAUACGAUUUGUGAAAACUGCGUGCGUGUUUUCGGUCUCUGUGCGGACGAUGAUCCGUCGGUUUGGACGUUCGAAAAAUGUCUUCUUUGUCAGAAUCGCUUGUCCGAAAAGACGCGGAUUCGGAUCCACCCCCCGACGGCAGGCGUAGGGGUACUCUGUCUCGACGGUGGCGGGGUCCGCGGCACCUUGGUACUAGAGAUACUGAAGCGAAUAGAAGAACGCGUGAACCUCCCUGUGCCGCUGCAGCGGUUUGUGAAAAUAGCAUUCGGUAUCAGUUCUGACAUGUUCGUCAACGGGUCCUCCAUCGCCGAAUCCACAAAAAGAUUCGAACUACUGGCCGGUCGGAUAUUCCGACGUCGAGAGCUCCUGAGCACGUCGCGCAUGCCUUCGUUUCUCAAACUUAUGCUCUCAUGGCUAACCACCGCCUGGAGCCCCGUAUCCCUCCUGGGCCAACUUGCUGCACUUUUGGUAUCCUACUUCGAUGACGGGCUGUAUUCUUCGCAGCAAAUUGAGAACGUGUUGAGGUAUAUAUUCGGGGCCGACAAAGGAAUCUUGGACGUUUCCAGCGCCACGGCGAACGGAACUUUGAUCGGGCUCCCCGUCGCCACCGUAGACGAGGAGCCGAUGUGCCGCAUUUUUACUAACCGAAAUGGAGCUUAUCAAAACAACCACCACGCGAAAAAGCCGACAAAAUGUCUUGCCGUGCUUGGCAGCAACACACACGACGAGAUUGUACCCUCGAAAGCCAAUGAAAAACUAACACUGUGGGAAAUCGCACGAGCGGCUUCUGCAGCGCCAGGGAUUUUCUCACCUAAGCACUUUGCAGGUCUCGGCACGUUCCAAGAUGCUGGGCCACUAGAGAAUGACCCACUUCUGUCAGCCCUCACCGCAAUGGCGGCGUAUUUUCCCGACGUCGAACAGCCGGAUUUUGUACUUUCGAUAGGUACCGGCGAAUCGAAACCGAGAACGGCCAACCCGUGUCCGGACGAGGUUCGCAACGUUUGGAAAAACGGCGCUUUUCCCAGGCUCUGUCGCCUAUUUUCUGAAAAAAUAAAAGAUAAAAAGUUGAGGCAGCUUUUCCAAACGAGCCCCAGAUAUCACCGACUCGACGUACAGUUCGACGGCGAUCUGCCAAGGUUGGACGAUUUCCGGAGCAUUCCAGAACUUCAGGUCCGAGGUGAAGGCGAUCAGUCCAUCUCGGGAAAAAUUGAGCGCAUAGCCCGCUGCCUGGUGGCGUCCUUGUUUUAUUUCGAGCUGGACGCCGUGCCGCAACGGUCUGCGGGGAAACAGGUUGUUACUGGGCGCAUUUUGUGCACCCUUUCACCGGGCGAGCCGGGGUUUACCGAGCUGUUUGACCGUUUGCAUAAAGGCUCGGCUUCCUUUUGGAUUGAUGGCCGGCCGGUCGAGAGGAAAGUGGACGAAUGGGGACCUUCCAAAGGCUGCCGCUUCCAGAAACAAGUCCAGUUUACCACACAAGGCAGCUUUUCCGUCUCGCUGAAGCAAGACCGCGAAGACGCCUGUGAAAUAAGCGGAUCGCCGUUUUCAGCGGAGAAUCUAGUAAAUUUGCAAGGCCUCCGGGGAGCGUUCGGGAGGUCAGAUCACAAACGGCCAUGGACAGGGUCCCGGGGAGGCGGCAACGGGAAAAGGAGAAGAUUGCUGUAA